CGCUGCUCCUCAUGGCAAAAUGAUGCAGAAGGGCACACCAGGGAUGAGGUGAGAGGAGUAAGCCCGAAAAAGAAGUAAACCCGAAAACUUGACCAUUAGGCCUACCUGUUAUUUACCUUUUUUUGCGAGAACAAAUUUGUUUGUUAAACGUUUUAUUAGACAGUAUUUUGCCGCGAUGUCAUUGAUAUGAUAUUGAAGUAAAUUGUAUUUACAUUUCCCGCGUGGAGGAUAACCUGAAUACCAGUAUACUUUAUUGUACAAGACAUUUGAUUAAUACGUCAGACUUUACAGUGAACCAUUGUGUUUACAAACAUUUUGUGGAAAGCAUCUGCCUGGCAGAGGACAACACAACAGACACAAACUGCAGUUUGCUGAAAAUGUUCUCUAAGGACGGAUGUCUGGCUGUGUGUACAGUGAUAUUAAUGAUUCUAACAUCAAGCGAGGCUAGAGGUCCCCCGUGGGUGAGUCGUCAGGUGGAGGAACGGCAGACAGCGAGGUUGGGGCAGACGGUGCGGCUGGCGUGCCCCGUAGAGGGUGACCCUCCUCCCCUGAUCCUGUGGGUGAAGGACGGGCGUAAUGUCCACCCGGGCUGGAGCCGCUACCGGGUGCUGAAACAGAGCCUGAAGAUCAAAGAGGUGGAGCUGGGGGAUGCGGGUGUGUACAUGUGCCGUGUCACCAACGGCUUCGGAAGCAUCGCCCUCAACUACACCCUCAUCGUCAUCGAUGACACUGCAGCGACCCAGACUGACGCUCCACCUGCCGUAUUGGAACCCAACGCUGAGCUCACCCAGCCUGACCCUACAGGAGAGCCCUGGGUAAAGCCUCGGUUCAGCCAGCCCACUAAGAUGCGAAGGCGGGUGCUGUACAAGCCGGUGGGCAGCUCGGUGAGGCUCAAGUGCCAGGCCACGGGCACCCCUCCCCCUGUCUUUACCUGGUGGAAAGACCAGACCCCUCUGCCACCCCCACGCCAGGGCAAGCGCCCGCAGUGGACCCUCACCCUGAAGAACCUGCAGCCCCAGGACAGUGCCAAGUACACUUGCCACGUCUCUAACCCAGCAGGUCACAUCAAUGCCACCUACAAGCUGGAUGUCAUCGAGCGCUCGCAUUGCAAGCCUGUUCUGACCGGCACACACCCAGUCAACACCACCGUGGAGUAUGGUGGCACCGCCUCCUUCCAGUGUAAGGUCCACAGUGACGUUAAGCCCGUGGUCCAGUGGCUGAAGAGGGUGGACCCAGGCACACAGGACCGCUACAACUCCACCCUGGAGGUCGGCGGGCAGCAUUUUGUGGUUCUGCCCACAGGGGAUGUGUGGUCCCGGCCUGACGGCUCCUACCUCAACAAGUUGGCUAUUGUCAAGGCCCGCGAUGAGGAUGCUGGCAUGUACAUCUGCCUGGGAGCCAACACUAUGGGCUACAGCUUUCGCAGUGCUUACCUUACUGUACUGCCAGACCCUCAGGUGGAGAACACAGUGACGCCUCCCCACCUGAGCUCCGGCCUGCCCUGGCCUCUGAUCAUCGGCAUCCCUGCAGCAGCCCUCCUCAUCGUAGGCACUAUCGUACUCUGGCUGUGCCACAGCCGUCGGCUCCACAACACCCUGGCUCCCCGGCACAUACCUGUAGUCCACAGAGACCACCACAUCUCGGACAAAGAGCCCAGCACCACCACCCCCUGUAGUGCCCUGACUAGCCCUGACUACCCCAGCCAGAGACUGGUGGGCCUGGGAACCCCUGGCCUCAGUGGGCCCCCUAAGAUCUACUCCAAGGUUUACACAGACAUGCACACGCACACACACACACACGCCCAUGUGGAUGGUAAGGUCCAUCAACACCAGCACUUCCACUACCAGUGCUAACCAGCCCCUUCUCAUCCCACCCCAUACCUAUGGCCUUGUCUCCUAGCCACUGCUGCUAUUCUGACCCAACAAUGGACUAUGAGCAAGGGACAAUGAGCCGGGUAGAUGGAACCAAGGAAAGGCUUGUAGUUCAUAUGAACUACACCUCCCAUGAUAAGCAGUGUUAACACACCAUUCGGUGGCAGAAGCCCUACCAGGUUGGAUCCUGGGAUAGGCAUGGACAAAUGUUACUAAGCUGCCAGCUAAUACUGCUUCAUUGAGAUUUCUCAGGGCAGGGAAACCCUCCCAUGUUUGCUAUUGAGUAAUUUAUGUUUUUUUAAUAUCAGACAACUAAGAUUAAAAACAAAUUGUAUUUUAAAGGAUGGAAAGGAAUGGGCAAAUGAUAGAAUGUCUAUAUAAACAACAAAAUGCAGGGCACUCAAUUUAAAACGUAAAUAUUUAGAUGUGUGUUUGGAUGCACGUAGCCCUGGAGAAAUCACUCAUUAGUUAAUGGGAGAAGUGUCAGGGUUAGGUUCAAUUUAGGUAAAGGACAUCCAAUUUAAACAAAUUAGUGUUUCUAAUAGAAUUGACCCCAACCCUAUGCAAAAAAAUAAUUAACACUCAUCUAAACAUGUACCUGUGUCCAAACUUUCAAAGCAUAAAGUAAUAUGAGGAACUUUUAAGCUUGUCUAAAUUGGAAAAUUCAAGAUUUAUAAGCUUUUGAAAAAAUUGAAAUGUAACUGUGACAAAUCAAAAUCUAGCCAAGAUGUUUACAAUGUGUUCCGAGCUUUUAUAUUCUCCUAAUAGAAACACAAACUGUGGUGUCCUCUGUUUUGAAAUAGGUGGUAUAAUUUUUUUAAAGAGGUUUUGUAAUGUGUGUGUUUCAUGUAGGAAAGUACAACUCAUCAGGGAAAUUAGAUGGAUGAAUGGAUGAGGUGAAAAAAAAUAUUUUUUUUAUUCAGAUAUUGUAUAAUAUGUAUCCAACUGUGUCUGAAAAAUGCAGUAAUACUAUUAUUUACUCUGUACAGUGUGUCAGAUGCCAAGUUCUUUUGCAGCGCUAUAGAUGUGUAUAUUACUUACAAUUCUUGUGAGGUAUAUUGUUGUAUAAGGUAGGACAAGUAUUGUACUGUACCUUUUGUCUAAUGGUUUAAAAACUCACAAAAAAGCAAUUUAGCUGUGUUUUUAUCUUAUUGUUCUAUAUUUAUUUGUAACCUACAUUAUUCUUCUGUAGCUCAGUUGGUAGAACAUGACAAUUGUAACGUCAAUGGGUUUGAUUCUCGGGACUACCCAUAUGUAAAAAUGUAUGCACGCAUGACUGUAAGUUGCUUUGGAUAAAAGUGUCUUCUAAAUGGCUUAUAUUCUUAUUCCAGAUUGGAUUGACCUAUGGGUAAUUUAGUCAAAAAUAUGACAAGUGUUGAUUGUAUUGUUAAGUUGAAUUACAGAUUCUACUGGCCUAGUUGUCUCAUAUUUUAUUAAGAACCUGACCAUAUCUUUAUAUAUUUCACUUUUUUAAUUGUUGAAAAACAUGGCAACCAUUACAAAGAUAAUUUAACAAAGAGUUAUUCACCCUACUCUCAAGUAGUCAUAAAUCUAGUACUCAAGUGUUUUAAAAUUGUCACGUUAAUCUUGUGCAAUUACUCUGAAACAUUGCAAGAUGCAAACUCACUCUGGUGCUCAUGUAAAUUUAGUACUGUACAAUAAUAUUUUUGUAAUAAAAAUGGUUUCUAUA